AUUUCCUCAUUAUUAGGAUUGUUGGGCGGGGAUGGCUGGUGUGACCAACACUCAACAUAUUUUUGUGCUGGCUGACACUUGAUGCACUUAAUCCGAAAACAGAAUUUACCUCAGGUGCAGCGAUGAGAAAGCGAAGCCUGGAGAAAUUUGCUAUAGUUCUGACAGGUGUUAUAUGCUUGGCAGUAAUCUUUAACAAAAACGACUAUGAAGAAAAUGAGACAUUUACCAGCGAUGAUACAUAUAAAAUAUUACGCAGGCAACCCGAUGUGCCCGAGCCGUUAACUCACCAGCCUUUGUAUUCCGACUGUGAGCGAAAUGAGUCCGCUUCUGAAGUGGAUGGAUUUUUUACCCUGCCAAAUAAUAUCCAGGACUUCCUGUAUUACCGUCACUGCAGGAGUUUUCCCAUGCUUCUCGAUGUUCCUGACAAAUGCGGAGGCCCUCAAAACUCGGCAGAUGUCUUCCUUCUACUGGUCAUCAAAAGCUCCCCCAUAAAUUACGAUCGUCGAGAAGUUCUGCGCAAAACGUGGGCCGAAGAACGGGUCUACCAUGGCGUGCACGUCCGUAGAAUCUUCAUAGUCGGAACAUCCGAAACUGGCUUUCAGAAGACAAAGUUCAAUAAACUUCUGAAGAUCGAGAACAAAGAGCACAAAGAUAUUUUACAGUGGGACUUCAAUGAUUCGUUCUUUAACCUGACGCUUAAGCAGAUCCUGUUCUUGGAGUGGAUGGAGCGACGGUGUCCGCACGCCAGAUUCCUCUUAAAUGGCGAUGACGAUAUCUUUGCCAACACGUAUAACAUGGUUGAAUUUCUGCAAGGUCAAAAGGACAAUGAUGGAGACAAGCAUCUCUUUGUAGGGCAUCUCAUCCAGAACGUAGGACCAAUAAGACACCCUGCAAGUAAAUACUACAUCCCGGUGCAAGUGCAGGAGUCCGAGAGCUAUCCUCCAUACUGUGGUGGGGGAGGAUUUCUUCUGUCCGGCUUUACAGCCAGAACGAUUUACAACAUGUCUCAUUUUAUUACUCUGCUGCCCAUUGAUGACGUUUACAUGGGAAUGUGUUUGAUAAAGGCUUGCCUCAAACCCGUGUCUCACUUUGCCAUAAGGACCGCCGGUCUAAACAUGCCUUCUGAGACUAUUGACCAAUAUGACCCUUGCUAUUAUAGAGAAAUAAUUUUAGUACAUCGAUUUCAGGCACACCAGAUUUUUGUGAUGUGGAAUGAAAUACAAAACCCAUAUUUACAUUGUGGAAUAAAGUCACCGUUGUCUCUUUAGAUCAGUCCAGAGACCAACGAAGUUGUAUAUAAUAUAUUGCACUUAAACUGCCAGAAACAGCAGUUAACUUUGUGUAUAAUGUGCAGUGAGGCUUCUUGCGAUGAUAACGAUGAUGCAUGCUUUUGUACGUGUCAUUUUUACAGGGUGAACUAUGUGUUGUGUCAAAGAGUGUUUAUUCUGUAUACUUGUUACUGCACAAGCCAUGACUCUUUUACAUCUGAAUGUAUGAGAUUAUUUUAAACGGAGAGAUUUGUUUAAUGGUGUAGUAAAUACUUUUUCCUAUUUUUAGUUAAUUAAGUUACGUUUUUUCAAAAAAUACUUUUUGCACAUAGUUUACAAUAACAGUAAAUAAAUUGUUUUGUACGUUAGUUAUGUUUUUUAUAGUACUGUAAGUAAAUUGUAGUAAAGCUGUACAUCUUUUCUAU